UCACCAAAGCGGCGGAAAGUCCGCAGCAGCAGUGGCGGUCUGCACGUUUGCCGCCGUUUCCUCCAGCCGCUCCUUCAGCUUCUUGACUUGCUUCGUGAGCCGUUGCACUUGCUCCCUCAGCUGAGUGUCAUCACUGGCCCCACUGCGGCGGGCCGUGGCGCAGAUUGGCCUCAUUCGGGUGAGCAGCAGACGAUUGUCGGGGACGAAGGCAUUGGCGAAGGAGAUGCCAUUGGCUGCAAGAAGCGCCAGAAGUGAGACGACGAGAUGGGCCGUCUUCCUCCGCUGAUCCAUGAUUCCCGACAGAUGACUUCGCCCGAUCUCGAUAGUUGACGAGUCGUAGCGCCAAGGGACGCUGCGAAAGCGCCAGGAAUCGGG